AAGGUCAAAUAAAUGUAGACCGGUUGCCAGCGCAUAGUCCUCGAAUUCAUCCCUGAAGUUGUACCAAUUAGUAUUCGAGACCCCUGUGAGAACCAUGGGAUUUGGUGGCGGAAUGUUCGCUGCCAUAGCGAUGGAAUAGGAGAUAUCUUUGCCUUCAGCCAUCGAGGGAUAUAAGGCCAGAGCUGCUUCAUCACCGCACAACUGCAAUUCACCUCUUCAAUCGACUGCUCCUAAAUACUUGUAAGUUCAUUUAAGAAUUUGAGAAUCAUGAGUAAGAACUACAUGAGCACCGAGAGGAUUCUGCUGAAAGGGGACUACCUCCUCUCCAACAAUGGACAAUUUAAAGCUAUCUUUCAGACCGAUGGCAACUUUGUGCUCUACGGAUGGGGUCGUGUUGUCUGGGCAUCAAACACGAACAAAGAUGCUCAGAGGCUCAUCCUCCAACAGGAUGGCAACCUGGUCAUCUACACCACACAGGACCAUCCCAUUUGGGCAAGUAACACCGGCCGUUACAACAAUACACAAAGAGGCCACCUCACCCUCACUGACGAAGGUACCCUGGAGCUCUACAGAGACCAAGAGAUGAUCUGGACAUCGUAACAUCGACCGGCCCAACAAUGCACAGAGGCCACCUCACCCUCACUGACGAAGGUACCCUGGAGCUCUACAGAGACCAAGAGAUGAUCUGGACAUCGUAACAUCGACCGGCCCAACAAUGCACAAAGAGGCCACCUCACCCUCACUGACGAAGGUACCCUGGAGCUCUACAGAGACCAAGAGAUGAUCUGGACAUCGUAACAUCGACCGGCCCAACAAUGCACAAAGAGGCCACCUCACCCUCACUGACGAAGGUGCCCUACAGUCCCAGAAAUGUGGUCUGGUGCUCUCGUGAGGACACUAGUAAUGAGGCAGAGUAACAUCUUCACUUUACCAUACCUGUCUACAUCUACCACUAAACUGUAUUCAAAAGCCUUGAGGCUUUUUGACCAUUUGAUUUGGUCAAAUAAAAAUGUAUUGACUUAAAGUAGUAGUUUGUUGUAAUUAAGUGCAUUGUGUCAGAUACUCUCUAUAUUCAAAAGACAAACAUCA